UCCGUCCGCCGCUGGGUGGCGCUGCACCGCUGCGACCGAGCGUGGACUGAGCAGAGCAGGAGACAAAAGCAACAAAGUGAGCCCCUCCGGAUCAAUCAAAUGUGUCAGAUUUAACUGUUUAGGAGCCGAAACCAAGCGCUGAUAUUGCCGCACAGCACCAUCUCCUUGAAUGGAGUGGGACAGGCAGACCUCCUGUGCCCCACGCAGCCUCAUCCAAACUACAUCACCUGCGUAAUGCUGCUGUACCCAUGACGACACCCGCUGAAACGCCCUUCAUCUGACAACACUGGCCUCAUUACUCACCACAAACGUUUGGGCUGCUACAAUGGAUGGAGAGGAGGAGCUCUCUCACAUGAGCGAUGACUUGGACAGUGACUUUAACAGCAUCAUAGAAAGAAAAAAAAGGGAAGCAAAAGGGAGAUGCUUAAGAAUUGAGGGAGAAGAUGGCUAUGUGUUCCAAUCCUACAGCUUGCACUCACAUAGGAGCUCAGCCACAAAGACGGCUCUCUCUAAUCAAACUACUACACUGGAUACUGCAAAGUCUCUUAAUUUAUCUCAGGUGAAUAAAGCUAAAGUAUCAGAUUCUCAAGAUGGUGACACUGAUAACAUGGAGUGUGAAAACUAUGAAAACAGAAAUGAAGAAACUCUACAUAACAAAGACAAUUGUGAUGUUCUAAAUGGCAUAGAGGACAUUCCUGAUGAUGAAAGUUUAGCCUUCGGCAGCUCAGUUGGCCCAUUUGUAACUAAAGACUGUGAUGAUUAUUCUAGUUUACUAAGUGGAUACUCAAGUACACUUUAUGAUGUUGCAAUGGACGCUGUAACACAGAGUCUUUUAUCAUCUGUAAGAAGUCAGUCAAAUGCAAGGAAAAAGUCCCCUGCCUGGAAUCACUUUUGCAUAUCUCCACGAGACAGUACCAAAGCAAUCUGUUUAUACUGCAUGAAAGAGUUUAGCCGAGGUAAAAAUGAGAAAGACCUAAGUACAAGUUGUUUGAUGAGGCAUGUACGAAGGGCUCACCCCACUGUGCUUCUACAAUAUGGCACAGAUGCUGCCUCGGCCAGUUUCACUAACUCUCUCGCCUCACCUUUAAUACCUCUCUCUCCAAACUCACCAAAAAAUGAAGACUUGACAAAUGAUGUCAUUCCUCCCGCCUCAAAGAUCACUUCACUGUCCACCUCUGAAGGAGAAAAUUCAGACCUGUCAUCCAAAGAAGUGUUACCCAAAGUCGAACCAAAACUAGAACCAUUUGACAAUGGUGACUCUUUUAGCUCUCUACUCUUAUCAUCACAUUCCAAUGACAUUAGUGAAGAGCUGUCGGACGGAGGACAAGAACGUCAUCCUGGGACCACCAAAAGUGCAAGCACGCGUCGCAGGUCUGCUGUAUGGAAACACUUCUAUCUGUCACCUACAGACAGUUCCAAAGCAGUGUGUAUUCACUGCAUGAAUGAAUUCAGUAGGGGUAAAAAUGGUAAAGAUCUCGGAACAAGUUGUCUCAUACGGCACAUGUGGAGGGCCCAUAAAGAGGUAGUAAUUGAGGAAAAUGGACAGGGCAAUCACAUUCCCCCACCAUAUACCGCCCCACCUUCCCUUUUGUCUCGAACUCAGCUGCAAGAUGCACUGGACAUUAUAAAAUCUCCCCAGCUUCCCUCCUCACCAGAAAUAUCUGACUAUAUACCCCAAAGUCUCAGUAUCAAAGAUGAGUAUGAAGAAGUCCUGCUCCUACCCUCAGAGCAAGAGUCAUCUCUCAAUCUGUCUUUAGCUGCUCAAGAAUACAGCACGUCCCUUGACUCGUCACCCUGCAAUUUGUCAGAGGGGCCAAGCACCACUCAGGACCAUUUAAUAUUUCAGCAAAACAAAAAGAUAAUGAAAAGGGUGAAGUCUGAAGUGUGGCAUCAUUUUAUAGUGUCACCAGUUGAUCAGUUAAAAGCACUGUGCCGAUAUUGUCCGUGUGUCAUCAGUCGGGGAAAGCGGGGUGACUUUGGUACAAGCUGUUUAAUGAGACAUCUUAUGAGACGCCAUCCAGAUGUCCUCAAAAACACAAAAGUUGAGGACAAAGAAACCUCCCUGCUCCCCUUUACCAGCCUCAUUCCAACAGAUGAACUUACUUCACAAGAAGUGGAAAGUCCUCCUGGAAAAGAGAAAAAGUCACCGUCAAGUAAGAAGACAUCCAAACUGUGGAAUCAUUUUUCUAUUUCUUCCACUGACCCCACAAAAGUAGUUUGUUUGCACUGUAACCGCACAAUGAGCAGAGGCAAGAAAACAACAAACCUCGGCACAAGCUGUCUGUUCAGGCACAUGCAGAGGUUUCAUGGACAUGUUCUUGAAAAUAAAAAGACUUCUAUCUCAGGUGAUGUGCCCUCUGCUGAAAUAGAUGUAAAACAAGAGCUAACGUAUGAACAGAACAAUGACAUGUAUGAUGAACAUCACCCGGUUGCCAAAAAAAUUACCAAACUAUUAGCAGAAAUGCUUGCACUGGAUCUGCAGCCCUCAGCUAUUAUGGAGAAUGCUGGAUUGAACAGACUACUAGAGUACCUUCAGCCUCAGUAUUCUCUGCCACCCUCCUCUUACUUUACCAGCACUGCCAUACCUGACAUGUAUGAGAGGGUCAAGGAUGUAGUGCUCACUCACCUGAAAGAAGCUGAGGGUGGCGUUGUGCACUUCACCACCAGUAUUUGGGUCAGUAGUCAGACAAGGGAAUACCUGACCCUCAACGCCUACUGGGCCUCAUACGAGUCCAGGGUUAAGCCUCAGGGUCAGGACUUUCACUGCUCUGCUCUCCUCAGUGUCUCCCAAAUAGACUGUGAUACUGACAUGCAGGACAUCCCAAAGCAGCUGGAGUAUCUGUGGGACACUUGGAUCACCUCAUCAGGGCUGAAGAGAGGGUUUAUUGUAACUGACAACAACACCAUUAGAAACACAUUGGAGGACCAUGGCCAUGCCACCAUGCAGUGUUUUGGACAUACUGUUGACCUCAUUGUUAAUGAAGCCAUAAAGAGUCAGAGAAUGGUUCAAAACCUCCUGAGUAUAGCCCGAAAGAUAUGUGAACGUGUGCACCGCUCAGCAAAGGCUAAGGAAAAACUGACUGAACUGCAAAGGGUGCAUGAGCUGCCCGAAAACCAGCUGAUCCAAGAUGUCCCCUCAAAAUGGAGGACGUCAUUAUUUAUGCUGGAGCGGAUGGUGGAGCAGAGGAACGCCAUUGAUGAACUGUCCAUUGAGUGCAAUUUCAGGGAAAUAAUCAGCUGUGAUCAGUGGGAGGUGAUGCUGUCAGUCUGCAAUGCACUGAAACCUUUCGAAGUGGCCUGCAGGGAGAUGGUCACUCGCACUGCCACUCUGGGACAAGUCAUACCACUCAUACACAUCCUCAAUAGAAAAAUAGAUCUACUAUUUGAUGAGACUGUAGGUAUUGACAAUAUGCUGAAAUCUCUCAAAGAGGCAAUGGUCAGUAGAAUGUCCUCAAUGCUGCAUGACCCCCGCUACACCUGGGCCACAAUGUUAGACCCACGAUACAAAAUUUCCCUUUUCACAGAGGAAGAGGCAGAGUGUUGUAAACAAGACUUGAUUCGUGAGCUGGACUCGGACUGCACUACCUCAGAUGAAGUAAAUUCCCAUUUGGCCAAUGGCUGCGACGAGUCUUACAAAGCAUCCAACUCAAAAAAAGACAACCUAUGGACUCUUAUGAACGACGUUAGACAAAACAAAUAUGAGGAGAAACCAAAGUCUUCAGAGUUGGCAGUGCUGGAGUACCUUGAGGAAGACAUACUUGAUCAAAACUGUGAUCCACUUGAUUAUUGGAACCUUAAAAAGUUCUUGUGGCCCAAUCUAGCCAAAGUAGCCGCCCGUUAUGUUGGCUGUCCCCCCAGCAUUAUCCCAGCAGAAACAUUGUUCAGCACAGCGAGCGUCAACUGUGCCCUCAAUCAACCUAGACCUCUACUGGAAAACAUGGAAGGUCUACUCUUCCUCAAGGUUAACCUGCCGAUGAUUUAUUUUCAAUACUGAUCCUAUUAUAGCAUUAGCAUCCCUUUAAAAACCAGGACCAAGCCACGUAGCUGUGAAGUUAAGGUAUUUUUAAUUGUACAAUAUCAAUUUAUACACUGAUUUUUCAAUGCAAAAGACUUGGAGGGUUAAUUGUAUUGUACUACUGUUAAACACUUUGAAAAGUGUAUCAGGGAGGGAGGGGGUUUCUAGCUGUAGGGGUUUGUUAUGUGUUGCUUGUAAACAAUUUUCUUUGUCUCGUGUCUUCUCUCUUUUUGUGCCUUACCAAAAAACUACUUCAGGUCAAAAUGCUGUACAGUUUUUUCUUUUUGAUUUUUGAUCAGAUCACAUCAGGAUGUUAUUUGAUCAAUUUGAAUUAUGAUCACUGAUGUUUUUUGUUUUGUUUUUUUAAAUGAACUUUGGCCCAAAAAUAAAUGCUGUGACUGAAAUAUGUGUUUAGUUAAUAUUAUUUAAUUUCAUUGUGAAUUGUGGCUCACGGUACUGUCAUUUAGAAAUAGAAUUUUCUAUUUUACUUAAACUUGCUGAAAUGUUAUUGCUGUAUUUUGAGAGUAAACCAUUUGUCUUGAUUAUACAAGUUGUCCAUUAAGCACAAUUUAGGUUUAUGUCUGGGAUUAAAUUAUGGAUUUAAUAUUGAGUAAACAAUGUACUGUACAUUUUUAUAAUAAAUAACUUCAGAACCUAAUUUGAUAAAUGUUUUAGCAUUGAGACUGGAACCAUGCAAAUUUUGCAACUGUUUCUAAAUAAAGGUUUUCCUUAUGCACAGAAA